GUUAGAUGAUGGUCGAUGCUGGAAGAUGUCUUCAGAUUAUUAAUUUGAUGUUAGAGGAUGACUGGAUUAUGUUAGACGAUGUUUGGUGAUCUUUGCUUUAGAUGAUGUUUGAAGAGGUUGGAUGAUGUAGAUGGAUGUGAUUUGUGGGGGUUGAUUGAUGAUCGGUUGAUUAUUAAUUGAUGGUUGGAUGAUGAUGUACUGUGUUCUACAGAGACAGAGAGGAUGACGAAGGCAUUCCCAGUGAGACGGAAGAGGACAAACGACUGAUGGAGAACAAGUUCAAGGAGAUGAGAGAGGCCCUGCGUCUGAGGGACGUGCAGAUCGUGUCCCUGCUAGAGCAGAAGGUGCAGCUCUUCAGGGAGAUGUGUGAGUGCGGCGGGGCCCCGGGCUCCGGGGACGUCGCCCUGUUCCGGGCCACCAGCGGCCUGCAGCCCCUCUGUGGAGAACCCAUCAUCAAGGACGCCCUGAGACAAGUGGAGACGCUCCAGGACCUGGUGAACACCACGCUGGGAGGCUUGGCGCCGGUCGUCUCGGGAGGAGGCGGCGGGAGUUUACCCGCAGGGGCGGAGACCUUCAGUGGGUUCGACAGCCGCAAGAAUGCAGCCCGUGUGCAGUGCCAGUCUUUAGCGGUGGACCUGCGCCGGACGGGCUCAGACACCGUGCUGAAGAAGGGUGGGAAUGCAAAUCUGCUCAAACUGAGAAAGAAUAGUGAGCAGGUGCUCCACAGCGUGUACCAGCUGCAUCACCUGCUCAGCACGCUAAAGGCCGUGGUGGUGCAGCAGGACAGCCUCCUGGAGGACCAGAGGCAGACGCUGGGCGAGCGCUCCUCCUCCUUCUCCUUCGCCUCCUCGCGGCCCUCCUCGCGGCCCAGCUCGCUCAUCGAGCAGGAGAAGCAGCGCAGCGUGGAGAGGAGGCGGCAGGAGCUGGCGUCGCUGCACAAGGAGCAGGCGGCCCACGUGGAGGAGCGGCGGCAGCGGGAGAGGGAGUGGGACGUCCGCGAGCAGCAGCUCACCGACAGGGAGGUCGUUCUGCGCGUCCAGGAGGAGGAGGCGAACCAGCUGCGGCAGGAUCUGGAGGAGGAGAACCAGGAGUUCCAGCUGAAGAAGGAGCAGUACCAGAGGGACCUGGAGCGACUCAGAGACGCCCAGAGGAAGCUGGACCGGGACCGGGAGGGGGUGCAGCGGGACCUCGACCGGCUGGCCCAGAGGACGAGCGACCCCUCCGGCACCUCGGAGGACUACCUGCCCCAGCCACCGGGGGGCUCUGGUUCCUCAGAGCAGGGGGUCCCCCAGCCCUGGCCCCGGGGGGAGUCCCUGGUGCGGCCACAGGCCCCGGCCCAGCUGCCGCCGCCGCUGGCCCCCAGUAAGCCCAAGGGACGCAACCUGAACCCCUUCUCCUCCGGGGACGGGCCGGUCGCCGGCCGCCUCCUGCAGCUCGCCAAGAACAAGGACAAGGACAAGGACAAGGAGAAGGAGAAGGAGAAGAAGGAGAAGGAGAAGGAGAAGGAGAAGAAGAAGAAGAAGGGGAAAGUGGGCGCACCGCAGGGGACAGAGUCCCAGAACCUCAAUGAGGCUCAGCUGGAAGGCGAGAUUUACUUCUGUUGAGAGGAGCACAUCGCAAGGCGUCCGUGACUGGCUAACUAAUCAUCAGGACAACCGCACCCAGUCUGGCUAACCUCCAGUCUGGCUAGCCUCCAGUUUUGUUAGCCUCCUGUCCGGCUAGUCUCAGUCUGGUUAGCCUCCAGUCAUUCUAGCCUUCAGUAUGGCUAGCCUCAAGUCAGGUUAGCCUCCAGUCUUGCCACCCUCUGGUCUGGCUAGCCUCCUGUAUGGCUCAACUCCAGUCUGGCCAACCCCGAAGGCCUGACAGUCCCAAAGAGUGCCUGACUGGUACCACAGGUCCACUUAAUCCUAACACAGUCAACGCACAGGCCUGCUAAACUAGGAUUGGCUAGCCCCCUUUGUUGGCUAAUCCCUACGUCAUUAACUCCCAGUCCAACCCAGCACCAAGGCAACAGCCUUGUACGUCACCGAUGUACCCAAGACCCGUUAACCCUACAGGUACAGUGAAUGGAGACCCCCGAAGGUCCACGUCACUUAUGCAUUAGACACUCCCACACCGAACGGGCUCUGGUUGUGUUCCGGGACCGCUCCGUCCGGGACACUAGAACGGUAUGUAAGAGGUACAUCUGAGCCCAGAGGACAAUCCCGACGCACGCGACACGUGUGACGUGGACAAAGAACUGAACCGUUCAUCCCAGCCAUCUUUUGACCAGCAGAAGAAAAACAUUUUUUUGAGGAAGGUGCACCAGCGCCCUUGAGAUCAUAACCUCAUCUGACCCCAGGUAUGAGGGCGUUGUCGAAGAUGUCCUCAAAACAAAACAUGAUCUGCCUUUUUCCCACGCAAGCUUCACCCUCAAGCACCAGGAGGCGCCGUUCAACGUUUCUCUCUGCUUCGAGACAUUUCAUGUGGAUAGUUUCCUCUUUGCGAUCGAGUUUCUGUUCACCCUGUUUUGGGCUGUUUAGGAUUUAGCCAUCUCAGAUCUGGAGCUGCACUGGUGUCUACUGGGGCUCACUGAUGCGCUCUUCCUGUGACGUUGGAAGCAAGAUCGUUUGUUUCAACUCAUUAAAAUCACUAGAGAGGCCUGAUCCUGACGGGAGCUAGUUAAAUCAGUAUGAAAAUAACAAAAUAGACCUGUUCUUGACACAUUGAUCCACACUGUGUUGUCUCAGAGUUCUAGAUUAAUAGAUACUGACACAUUGUAGUUGACCGUUAACUGAUCGUAGUCCUUCACAGGUCUUCACCUGUCGUAUUCGCCAUGCUCUCAUGUGAGGAUGUUAUAAGUGACGUAGCGGUGGGCCUGGCGGGGACCAUGGCUCCAGCCCUGAUGGAUGGAGGGAGGAUGGUCGGACCCAGAAGCAGGCAUAGGACCACUGAUAGAGAUUAAGGGGAAAGGCAUUGGGAGAUCAAAACACAAGGACUAUGGUAUAAUUCCCUUUAUUAAUGAUAUUAUUCAUAUAAUUAUUUUUUAACAAUAUUAAGGUUAUGAUCGGCAGUACAAUCCGUGUCCCAGACCACUGACCUGCUGGACGGGAAAGAUUUAGAAAAAAAAAAAAAAAUAUAUAUAUAUAUAUAUAUAUAUGAUAGAUGCAUCUCCCUGCUCGUUGAUGACAGCGUCCUUGUGUUGGUUUUUUGAGGGGCGAGUGACAUUGGGUCACAUGGGGUAGGAGAGGGAGGGAGUGACAAUUCAAUGCUUUUAUCAAUCACACGGCCAGAGUUGAAUGAGAAGGAAUAGAUUUGAUACCUCGGCUUCACAAGAUAAAGAUAUGCUUGUACUAUAGGCUACCGUUUAUUUGUUUUAAAUUAUAUAAUAAAUGGCAAAACAUGUAAAUAUGAUUUGUGUACAAAGACACAAAAUCAAAUGUAUGAAGAUAUUUUAUUUGAUUGUACUGCCACAUUUUGUAAUAUUGAGUUAUUUAUGAUUGAUUGUCGUCCUUCAGGGGAAAUUCCAGACUUGUGUUUCUGUUAAAAUAAAGAUGUAUUAUGUACAGUUACA